GACAUUUGACAAAUGUCAGCUUUCAAAUGAGUUUUUAGAGUGAAGUGUAAUUAAUUUUAUAUAAAUAUCAUGAUGGCCAACAGAUUCUUUUGUAUAUUAAGAAAUACAAAUUUUCCGUUUUGUAGUAAUAUAAGUAAUUUAUCAAAAGCAAAUAAUUUUAUUGCUGUGAUAAAUACGCGAACUGUGCGGCAUCUUUAUGCAAAGACCACAUUAGGAAUAGAUGGAUUUAACUUGCAAAGAGAAAAAACUCAACACCAAAUGGAAAAUAUAGCAGAUAGGUUUAAGCAAAAAAUGAUUGAAUAUUCACAAGAUGAAUCUAAGAGUAUGAUUUUUACAGAGGAUUUGAAGAAUAUGGUACACCUCUCUCAGAAUGAGGAGGACGUAGAAUUAGUUGUUAAAAUGAUCAAAAAGUUUAAUCAACAAAAUAAGCAACUGAGGUUUGGAAACUAUGUAUUUGGACCUGUCGUAAUGCGCCUUUUCUAUAUAUUCAGUAAGGCUGACUUGGCAUAUGAGUGCUUUAAGUCUUCUGAAAUGACAGGAUUUUUUGACCAAUUUAUAAGUUACCAAAUUUUAUUAGACCUCUUAUAUGAAAAUAAAAAAUAUGAUGAAGUAUUAGAAGCCGUAAACCUAAUUAAGAACAGGCAAAUUGAAGGAUCUCAGUAUCCAAGGAAUAUAAUAGUGUUAGCAUUAGCAGCUUGUUAUAAAAUUAAUUCAAAGGAAAGUCUAGAUUAUGCUUUGAAACUAUGGCAGGAACUAAAAAAUGUAGGGCAUUUUCCCAUGCGAAGGGCAACUACAUUUUGUGCAGGGCUUGCUUUAAAUCAAGGUCAGCCAGGUAUAGCGUUGGAAAUCCUGACAUCGGCAAGGAAUCAAAAUUAUACUACAGUCAGGAAUUUGAAGGUUGUCGCUUUAGCUGAACUAGGAAGGGUUGAAGAUACACUUCCCAUACUGAAAAGUUUGUUAAAUGAAGAUAUUCCUGAUAAUAACACUGUACACACAUUUAAUUCAGAUGUAUUAGAACGAGUAAGAAACGUUAUUGCAAAACUAGAAAAUCCUGAGCUAGCAUUGGAAUUUAAUAGAAUCAAACAAUUAUUGAAGAAGCAAGGACACAUAUCUGAUAUGAGUUUAGAUGAGCAAUUAUGCCUUGAAAUUCAGCAGCCUCCAGUUAUGAAUAACAGACAAGAUAAAUUUUCCUACCGAAGAAUUAAUACCGCUGAACAAGAAAGAAGACCGAAUAGAUUUUACACUUAUCAUAAGAGGCCCGGUUUAGAAGAUCUUGUGUAAAAUUAUUUAAUUGUUUUAAAUAAAUCAUACAUUUGUU